ACAUAACGUAGCUGGAUAUGGCAGUUCAGCGGAACUUUUUCUAAGAUGUCACUUUGGAUUCGAGAACGGGGCUAUGUUUGAGAAGCUAAAAGAUCUGGGUGAUCGAGCUAAAAACGCUGCUGGGAUGGAGAAGUCGCGGCCGCUGAUGUCGCAGGAUGCAAAGUGUUGCAGUAUUAUUAUCCUCUCCUGCUCCUUUUUCUCCCUGAGCUCCUUGUUCACAGAUUUUAUCGACGAUGUGCCGGUAACAGAAAUACUUUGGUGGAGGUUCUUCCUGUGCACCUUGACCUGCAUAUUCUACAACCAGUUCACCGCCCAGCCCCGUCUAGCGCUGACUGCCUGGAAAGACAAACAACUCCUCCUCUCUGCCCUGUUCGGAACUAUCACCGCUUCCUGCACUGUCUUCGCACUAAGACAGUUGCCGAUUGGUGAAGCCACCCUUCUCCUAACCACAGCACCAGUAUUCACAGUACUCCUCUCGUCCUUCUUCCUCAAAGAACAGCUCCAAAUUUCAGACUUUGCCUCCCUUCUUGUGGCCACUGGUGGGGUUAUCUUCGUGGCACAGCCAGAUUUCCUCUUCGGAAGCAGCGAUCAUGGCCCGGCCAGAACGCCAAUAUUCUACUUAGCAAUAGCAGCUGCUCUGACGAGAGGUUUCUUCAAGGCAGCUAAGUAUGUAGCGGUCAGUGUUACAAGUAAUUCCACCUCUGUUCACGUGAUAGUCCUUUAUUUGUCUUCAAUGGGUCUCACAGCCCUUACUCUCAUCAACACUUACAUUGCACUGUCCGCAAGCGGAGAGGGGGUUUCCAAGAGGGAAUUUGUUGGUAUUCCCACAAGCUCGAACUUCCUGUUUAUGCUGCUUAUGUCGAGCUUCUACUUCCUGCAGCAACUCUGUGUGUGCACUGCUAUGAGGUACGGAAAACCAGCAAAAGCGUCCUUACUUAAAUAUUUUGACAUAGUCCUACCCUUCCUGUUCCAAGUCACGAUAUUCAAGCUCUAUCCAAACAGAUGGUCCUUAUCUGGAUGUGCGCUGAUUAUGGCUUCCAUGUUAACUGUCAUUAUUGUGCCUCGUGGCGAUGACAAAAGUCACAAAAUCCUUCCCAUUAACAGUACAGACUCGCCUAAGGUGGGGAAAUAUACCAUUCUCAAAAACCAGGAUGAUUGAUUUUUAAUUUCUGGGUAUUUUACUAUUUUUGGAUGUAAUACAUUUGUAAAAUAUUUUUAGCUUUCAGUAAUCCCUUUUUCUUUGCAUGCUAAGUAGGAUGACCUAAUGAUUCUUCAAAAUCAGGUUUGAUUCUCUAUGAAUGUGAAUACACGUUUUUCAUUACUUUAAAGUAAUUAAUUACUUUAAAGUAAUUAAUGUGAUUUGCUUGAUUUUUAAUUAAGAUUGAUGAGUGGCUUCAGUAAAAAGGUAAAAGAUUCCUUACCAUUCUUUUGAUAAUCAAGUUAUAUUUGAGUAAAUUGGUUAAUUUAUUGAUUUUUGUCAGCAAUUUAUGUAUGAAUGUCGCAAUCUAAAAUGAUUUUGGACAACGAAGUGACAAUGUUUGUAUUCAAUUUUGAAUGGUGAUUUAAUUUUUUUGGUUAUUAAUGAUUUUAUCUAAACUUAAUGGGAAUUGUCAGACCUUAUUUUAAUCUUAGAUAAGAAAUAUUUCGGGAAAGUGCUAAUGAAUGAUAUUUUCGGUUACUUUGUCCUAAA